AUGAAGCUGUCGUCGGCCCUUUGCUGCGUCUUUGCGACCCUCACCGUCGCUUUCCCUUCUGACUACCUCAAGAUUGCUACUUGGGGUGUCGAGGGUUACGCAAAGGACAACCCCAUUGGUGUCACCACUGGUGGCAAGGGCGGCAAGACCGUCACUGUUACGACUGCUGAGCAACUUGUCGAGGCCGUCAAGGGCAAUGCGCCCAAGAUUGUCAAGCUCAAGGGCAAGAUCGUUCUGCCCGCUCGUCUUGCCGUCGGAUCCAACACUUCGCUCAUUGGUGUUGGUCUUUCUGCUCACAUCACUGGCAAGGGAUUGAACAUCUACAACGGCGACAAUGUCAUUGUUCAGAACCUCAAGAUCACCGAGAUUCUCGACAACGACUGCAUCACUAUCCGCAACAGCACUCGCGUCUGGAUUGAUCACAACGAGUUCUCUUCCGAUAUCGAUGGCGGCCCAGACAAAUACGAUGGACAAGUCGAUAUCAUCCGAGCCUCCGACUUCAUCACCGUCUCAUGGAACUACUUCCAUGACCACUGGAAGUCCUCUCUCGUCGGUAACGAUGCUACCUUCCGCGAUCUCGACCUCGGCCACCUUCACGUUACAUACCACCACAACUACUGGCGACACAUGGGUACGCGUGGACCCGCUGGACGAUUCGGUCACCAGCACAUCUACAACAACCUUUACGAGGACUUCCUGUACCAGGCCAUCCAUAGUCGAUCCGAUAACCAGGUCCUUGUCGAGGGUAACGUUUUCCGAGGUAACACUAGCGAGGCUCUCAGCACCUAUGGCCUUGUCAUUCCCAUGGACUCUCCCAACACCUGUGUCUGCGGUGAUGAGGAACUUGAUGGCUAUGCCAACCUUGGAGCCAAGAAUGAUUGGGGCCAUGCUGGCGUCAACAUCACACAGAAGGGCAACUUUUACAAGGCUGACUACAAAUUCAAGUUGACACCUCUCCCACUUGUGCCUGCUGUUGUCAAGCUGGGUGCUGGUAUUGGUAGAAUUUGGUAAAGACCUACUUGAGUGUGGGUUUUUAGAGGCCAAAGUAUGGGAUGACUUUAAUACUAUAUUAUAAUUGAAGAGAUAUUUUG